UUAUAUAAUCUUUUGAAGGCAGGAGUGGCUGAACAACUCCUUUUCACUUUCUUAAUUCUUUGGCAUAUCAUCCUUAUUCAAUGGAGAAAUUUUGUAUCAUUAGCAUCAACCUCCUAAUCAUUAUCUUCUCCCUUGUUUGUUUAUCUCCCAAGCAAUUGUCAGCAUUUGGUGACAACAAUACAGAUUUUGAAUCACUUAUUUCCUUCAAGCAUCAACUCUUGAAGUACCAGAGUAGUACGGUUUCGCGUGCCAUUUUUAUGAGCUCAUGGAACGAUACUAACAAGCAUUUUUGCUCAUGGGAAGGUGUCUUAUGCGGCCGCAAGCACUCGAAUAGAGUCACAGCCUUGGAUCUCAGUUCCAGUGGAUUGCUUGGUCCUCUUCCUCCUUCCAUAGUCAAUCUCACCUUCCUCGAAAGGCUUGAUCUUAGCAACAAUAGUCUAUAUGGAGAAAUCCCUCCUAAUCUGAUCUCAAAUUUGAACCGGUUGAAAUAUCUCAACCUAAGUUUUAAUUCAUUUCAUGGAGACAUUUCUGUCAUUCUCAUCACUAAUAGUUCUAUGCUCCAAGUUUUGGAACUCAGCAAUAACCAACUCAAAGGUAAAAUCCCUCCUCUUAUUAGCUCCAUAUCAAGGCUUAACUUCUUUGGUCUUAAUAACAAUGGCAUCACUGGCAAAGUCCCACCUUCAAUUGGCAAUCUCUCUUUCUUGGAAAAUCUCUAUGUCCUCAAUAAUCAUUUGGAAGGUAGUAUCCCACUAGAGAUUGGUGGCCUUCGCAAGUUAAAAAAUUUAAAUAUGGCUGAGAAUAAUCUUUUAGGUAACAUUCCUUCUUCAUUAUACAAUCUAUCAUCGUUGCUUAGAAUUUCAUUGACAAAUAAUCAUCUAUCUGGUGGUAUUUCAGCUAACAUUGCCCAAGCUUUUCCAGACUUAGAAAUCUUUUUUAUUGCUGAAAAUCAUUUCAUUGGUUCGCUCGAUCAAGUUCUUCAAAAUGUUACUAGCCUUGUGCGUUUGGAUGUCAGCCUUAAUAAUUUUAGUGGAGUGAUACCACCAGAUCUUGGAAGAAUGCAUGAACUUAUAUACCUCAAUAUGCAAUAUAAUGAGUUUAAAGCAAGUGAUGCACAAGAUUGGAGAUUUCUUGAUUCAUUAACUAACUGCACCAGCUUAGAAAUUUUAGCUCUUUAUAGCAAUAACCUUGGCGGAAUGCUUCCAAAAUCAAUUACGAAUCUCUCCACUGAGUUACAAGUAUUAACAUUAGGAUUCAAUCAUAUUUUAGGAAGUAUCCCUUAUGAACUUGAUAGGUACAAAAAUUUAAUUGCUUUUGGGAUGGAGGGAAAUCUUUUGAAAGGUCCUAUACCCGAGAGCAUUGGAAAGCUUGGAAGGUUACAAUCUUUAUCUUUUAGCAAUAAUAGACUUACAGGAAUUAUUCCUUACUCUUUAGGCAAUCUCACAAAUCUUAACUCAUUGGACCUGGGACUUAAUCAAUUAACAGGCGUUAUACCUACAAGCAUACAAAAUCUUCAGAUUCUCACUAAUUUGGACCUCCACCAUAAUAAUCUAAGUGGCUUGGUUCCAAGAGAGCUUUUUCUCAUCCCUUCCUUUUCAAAUUAUCUGAAUUUAUCUUAUAACUCUUUCAAUGGGUCUCUACCACUUGAAGUUGGUCAGCUAGUAAAUCUCAUAUCACUUGAUUUUUCUAAUAAUGAGUUUAGUGGGGAAAUACCAAAAUCACUUGGAAGGUGUCAAAUGUUGCUUAAAUUGUAUAUGAAAUAUAACUUCUUCCAUGGCUCCAUUCCUAUUUCUCUAGGCAACAUAAAAAGCCUUGAAAAACUAGAUAUUUCACAUAAUAAUUUAUCAGGCCCUAUUCCUCAAUUUCUACAAAAUCGUGUCUCACUUAAGUAUUUGAAUCUAUCAUUUAACAAUCUUGAAGGUGAGGUUCCAAAUGAAGGUAUCUUUGCAAAUAAUUCCUUAGAAAUUUCUCUUAUUGGAAAUGAAAAAUUAUGUGGAGGAAUUCCAAAACUUCAUUUGCCAAAGUGUAUUAAUAGAUCAUCAUCAAUAAAAAAUACACAUCAUUUAAUCAAAAUUAUAGUCCCAAUUUUUAGUGGAGUAGUUAUGCUAUUAGUCCUUUUGUUGUGUUAUAUUUUGCUUUAUAGAAAACAAAAGCAAAGUAGUCGAAGAAAAAAUUCAUUAGUCUCAUCCUUAAACACUCCAUUUCCAAGAAUUUCCUAUGCAAAAUUAGCCAAAGCUACAAAUGGUUUCUCCAAUUCAUAUCUAGUAGGAUAUGGAAGAUAUGGCUCCGUUUACAAAGCUACCUUAAGGGAUUAUCAAGCUAUUGUGGCUAUUAAAGUUUUCAAACUCGAGGUUCAUGGGGCUUUUAAGAGUUUCACAUCUGAAUGUGAUGCAUUAAGGAGUAUACGACAUCGUAAUCUUAUCAAAGUCCUAACCUCAUGCUCAAGCAUUGAUCAUCAAGGCAGAGAUUUCAAAGCAUUGAUUUUUGAAUUCAUGCCAAAAGGAAAUUUGGACAUGUGGCUCCACCAAGAAUAUGAAAUUGAUGGAGAUGUUGUUCUUUCUCUAGAAAAGAGAUUGAACAUUAUGAUUGAUAUUGCAGAUGCUCUGGAGUAUCUUCACCAUAGUUGUGAGCCAUCAAUCAUUCACUGUGAUAUAAAACCAAGCAACAUCUUACUUGAUGAUAACAUGAUUGCACAUGUAGGAGAUUUUGGACUCUCAAGAAUAUUUUCUGAGGAUGUUAGUAUGUCUAGCCAAGAUUAUUCAAACAAAAAUGAGAUUAAAGGAACUAUUGGCUAUAUAGCCCCAGAAUAUGGUGGAGGAGUUCUCCCGUCUUCCUCUGCAGAUGUUUAUAGUUUUGGAAUAAUACAACUGGAGAUGCUUAUUGGAAAAAGGCCUACUGAUGAUAUCUUCAAGGAUGGCCUAAACAUACAUAACUAUGUUAAAAUGGCAUUUCCUCAUAGAAUCAAUAACAUCAUAGAUCUUAAAAUGUUUACAGAAGAGCAAAGACAUACUAUCAGUAAUUUUCAAAGCAUCAACAAAUGCUUGAUUUCCUUGGCAGAAGUAGCUCUCUCAUGCUCAGCUUCAUUACCAGAGGAAAGGCCAUCCAUGAGAGAUGUUGCUAUGAAAUUACAUGCAAUUAGAGUUUCAUACCUUCAAUGUAAUGGAAGUAGCGAGUUCUCUUAAAAAGGUGGGGUCAACCACAUUUAAUUAAAAAAUAAUGUGAAUAACUUUAAAUGCACUUUAUCAGUAAAUUUACUAGAGAAGUAGAACUAGCUAGGAUAAUUUAUAUGUGUCGAUUGAGAGGUUUUUUUUUUUUUUCAUUGUGACAUUA